UGCAGAAUGCACGGUUUCAAGAUGAUGAACCGCUAAAACAAUCAUAAUUAGCAGCUCGAAACAGUUCAUCAGCUGUAAAAAUCUCCCACCGACUGAUCUGGAGGUUGCUUGCCGGCUCCUUUCCAAAUUAACUUUAAAACCACUCUUCCCUCAACCAAAAUGGUUUCUGCACAGCUUCGCCUUCUUCCACCGCCACAGCAGUGGCCCGAGUUCUAAGGUUGGGCAGCUUCCGGAAGGACUCAGAACCACCUAUGACCCCAGCCGACAGUCCGGCUGGUUGAUGCACUCGGGGGCUGAUUGGAGAAACCAGUUGAUCCGUUGCUUCCGUGCUGCUUCUCUAAGUGCGCUUGCCCUUAAAGGAGCUGACCCGGAGGCCUAGGUGCUGCCGGCGUGGGGAUCCCCAGCUGGGAACGCCCCUCGAUGGAAGAUCUCGUGUGCCCAUUGGCUGUCCUGCCAACCGCGGGCGGUGACAGGGAAGGUGGCGGGUCCGGAUCUGAUUGUGUGUCCAUGGCGGCGCUUGACGUGCGAGCGGAGCUGGACUCGCUGCUCCUGCAGCUGCUUGGGGACAUGGAGGAGGUGGAGGGGAAGCGAGCGGUGUUGAACGCCCGGGGGGAGGAGGGCUGGCUCUCGCUGGCCAAGGCUCGCUACGCGAUGGGCACCAAGUCAGUGGGGCCCCUGCAGUAUGCUUCCCACAUGGAGCCCCAGGUCUGCCUCCAGGCCAGCGAGGCCCAGGAGGGACUCCAGAAGUUCAAGGUGGUGAGAUCUGGUGUCCACGCCCCAGGGGCCUCGCGAAGCAGGUGAGCCCCCUCUUCCUUCUGCAGAACCCCUUUCCAAUGUCAAAGACAAAAUGCAAAUGAUGGAGAUGGUUUUAAUUAGGUUUUUGCGAUAAGAGAGAGCAUCCCAGAGCUGAAGAAGAAAAUGUUUUUGUCGGGUGGUUUUGUCCUUAGACUUUUAUAGGGAGGAGUAGAGAAGUUGGGCAGUUGCUUUACACUGGGAAUAGUUUUAGAAUCACAUAAGUUUCAGUCAGCUGAACAGAAAAUACUCAUCUGUGUGUCUAGCUAGUUUCAGAGGGACAAACUUCUAAUCCCAGUUAAUCAUUCCUGAGACAAAGAAUGGGGAGUUGGAACGUCUGUGUCUGGUCUGUCAGCAUGUUCAGGUCCAAUGGGUAAGGAUCAGUGUCACAGGCAAACAGGGUCAUCAGCGGGUCCUACAGGAGUCACGGGAAAGAGGGGACAAAGCAGUCUCAUCUGAAUCACAAGGGGGAAAGGCUGUGUUUUGUGGUAAGCUGUUUCCUGGAACCCCAAAGUUGGAAUUUUCCAACCAACAGUGUUUUCUAGAAUCAUGAGCUCAGAUCAAGCUCAACAUUGUCACCAAGACUGAUAAAGGCCAGGGAGUAAGAUCCCAGCCUACUCCAACCUUUCUUUCCUCAGCUUUGCGGAGGCGCAAGGGUCCCCACUAAUGACCCCAGAACCGCAGUCCUCUGAGGCCCCUCGGGACCCCCUGAACUGGUUUGGAAUCCUGGUUCCUCACAGUCUACGUCAGGCUCAAGCCAGCUUCUGGGAUGGCCUGCAGCUGGCCGCAGACAUAGCCAGCCUCCAGAACCGCAUUGACUGGAGUCGAAGCCAGCUCCGGGGGCUGCAAGAGAAACUCAAGCAGCUGGAGCCUGGGGCUGCCUGACAUGCACGCACAGAGGCAGGGCAGUGAGCUCAGCUGUUCUCUGACAUCGCUAUUUGAUCUCAGGCCUUCUUCCUUCACAAAUAGCUCUUGCCCCUACCCCACACCAGCUAAUGCCCACUCUGUCCCUGCUCUGUAUGUUUCCUUAGGUGUGAAGUUUGAAGAGGCAAACUAAUUUUGAAAGUCCACUAUUUUGAAACCAUUCCGAGGCCUGAGUUCCCAUAGGACACACUCAUGUGGGCAGGUACACGUUAGUCAACAACUGGAACUGCCUCUUGGAUCACUCAGCUGUGGUUUCGUGGCUGGAUGACAGAACACUGUGCGAAGGGAGGUGGUGGGGGACAGGAAGUAGUGCCUCAUGCUUACUACAUCCUCCAAAUUGUCUUUGCUGGAGGAGAAACCCGUACUGGGCCAAAAGAUCAGGACAAUAUGACUUGAGUCCACAAGGAUACAAACACCUGAGUAGCUGGGCAGCCCUUGGCAGGGUCUAGGCCAGGAAGUAAAAAUGAUCCGGCCUAGAUUUUUAAGGGAACUCUAGGAAGAGGCCUAGGUUUUUAAAAUCCUGUCUCUUUAUCUUACCAUAAGAGGCUGAGCCUCUCUUCAUUUUUUGGAAGGGCCACUUGUGUUUUCUGUUUUGGGAACUUCAUUUUUCUACUGGGUUGUUGAUCUUUGCAAUAAUUUCUAGGAGCUGUUUAUGUUUAGAGGUAAUUGGUCCUAUGUUCAUAUGUAUGAGAUGUAAGUCUUAUUUUCCAGUUUAUCUUUUUGGUUGUGAUUUUUUUGACUUUUUAUUAUAAAAUAAAACAUAUUACAUGAAACCACACAGAACA